AUGACUACUAUUCCUUCAACCUUCACUCAGGCAUUGGUGAGAUCAGUCAAGAAAACACCUUACACUUCGCAAUUGAUUACAAAGAUUCAAAAAAAUCGCAAAACUCUGGGUGAUACACUUUUCUUUGAUGUACUAAUACGUGACGUCGGUCAUGUUGACCCCACUCUAUAUCCUCCCAAGGAUUUGGAAACACUAUUGUUAUUAAUACAGAAGAUCGAGUCCCAGGACACUCCCAACCGUGUUCAUCAGGCUGUUUUAAUUUUUUAUUUAUUCCUGGAUUACCCUUUAUCCCUCACCAAUCAUGAAUCACUGGCAAACUACUAUGCCGAAGAAGUGGGCAUUCCUACUGGCUACAGAGAGCUGAUAACAGGAUUUUGGUAUAUGGAUCAAAUAGAUUUUGACAAUGCGUUAUUACACCUCGGCCACCCAGAGGCUUUGCCUACGUAUCACGACAAAAUUUUUGCAUCAUUCAUAAAAACUGCCGCUAGCAAUAACAGUAGCACGAGUACACCGAAUUCGUCAGCCCAGAUUCUCGCUUACUUCACGGCUAAAAGCCCUAGACUAGUUUCCUCAGAGACGAUAGAACAUUAUGUGGAUAGCCUUUUGGAAGUAUCUCUGUUUUCAGCAUUGCGAUUUGUACGAUCAGUGUCACCAAGCAUCCAGCCUGUGUUAUUCCGUCGUAUUAUCAUGAACACGCUAUCGGAUCCCAGAUCAGAAGUUCGCAAGAAAAAUAUUUGGCGACUCGCCAACCUCCCCUUAACAGAUAGUGAGUCUGUACUGUUUAAAGACUAUUUGCUGGAGAUCAGCAAAGAGCAUCCUGACACUACAGUUUCGUCGUUUGCUAAGGAUGUCCUCAUUGUGCGAUCCUUACACACAGGUGACGUCCAUACUUCAAAAGCAAUUUCUGAACUACCUAAUCCCAAUCCUGCUUCAACAAAACCGCCUAGAGUAGAAUGGAACGACAUUACGCGUGGCAUUAAACUCAGUAAUUAA